CGGCAGGGGAGAGAGAUAUAACCGUCUCUUCUUUCAGAGUCAGAUCGUUCCAUUUCUAGCUCCUCGCUCGAAGCCAUUCGCGGCCAUUUUCAGGUUUCCAGAAGAAGCUCGUCUCGCAGCAUUUCAACAGCAACAUAUAUGUGCUCUGCAGCCAUGAACCCAGGAAAAUCUACCUUGAAUCCACAUGCUGAAGCUUAUGUCCCACUCUCCAAAAGAGAGUUUCCCACUCAAUAUAGUGCAAAGUCUCCAGAGGUAGGAAGCAAUGAUGGAAUUGAGGAAGGUCUGCUUCCAACUGGAGUUGCAUCUGCACAACAUUUUCAGCACUUCCCGCAAAAGGCUGAGCAUCAUAACAUGCAACAUUCUCCUAGAUUCAACUUACAUGGCUCAUCCUGUCAAGGUCAAUCUGAGCUUACAGAUACACAGCUAAUGGAUAUGCAAUUUGACAGUGACAUGCGAUGCCUUCGGAUGAACUUUCAUGAUACAUCAGAGGAAUCACUCUCCUACGCCUAUAUAGCUAGCAAAUGUGACCUGGACGAAACUAUUGACAUGCUAAAUCAACUUGAACUUCCCGAUAGUCUGGAUAUUGGGGACGAGUCAGAGCCUGGGCCUUCCAGCGAAGCGGCCAAUCAGAAGAUGAAGAACAAAUCGGUGACUGGCGAAACCAGCACAGCUGCUACCUCAUCAGCGUAUAACACUACGUGUACUUUUAUGCCCUUUUUUGAUACAUACCUCAAAGCCGUCGAGAUUAACGAUGGCUUGAUAUGAUUGAUGUUAGAAUGCACAUUGGAAUUUUUCUUUCUGAAAGUCAGAAAAUAUCUUGUAUGGUAUGUUAGUGCUUCCUCUUCUUUUUUCUUUUAAGUAUUAGGGAAGAAAUGUACACUUUGCCUACUUGUUCAGGAUGUGAAACCAAAUGAUGGGAAAGAAAAUUUGGUCUCAUUU